UCCCAGCUCCAACCCCUCCCCUACCCAUCGCGCCGCCACCUCCCCUCUUCUCGUCCUCUCUCCCAUCCCAUCCCGCGCCCGAAACCCUACCUUCCGCACCCCCCCCCCUCCCGGCGCGACCGCGACGAUGGCGGCAGCGACGGCAGGCGGCGCCCAACGGGCGCUCUCCCAGCGGGAGCAGGACAUUCAGAUGAUGCUGGCGGCCGACGUGCAGCUGGGCACCAAGAACUGCGACUUCCAGAUGGAACGCUACGUCUUCAAGCGCCGAUCCGACGGCAUUUUCAUUAUUAACCUUGGCAAGACCUGGGAGAAGCUUCAGCUGGCUGCCAGAGUGAUUGUUGCGAUUGAGAACCCACAGGACAUCAUCGUCCAGUCUGCUAGGCCUUAUGGUCAGAGGGCUGUCCUCAAGUUUGCACAGUACACUGGUGCUCAUGCCAUCGCUGGCAGGCACACUCCUGGUACAUUCACCAACCAGCUCCAAACCUCAUUCAGCGAGCCACGUCUUCUCAUCCUGACCGAUCCCAGGACCGAUCAUCAGCCCAUCAAGGAGUCUGCUCUUGGGAACAUCCCCACCAUUGCUUUCUGUGACACGGAUUCUCCUAUGCGCUACGUUGAUAUUGGCAUUCCUGCCAACAACAAGGGGAAGCAGAGCAUUGGUUGCCUCUUCUGGCUGCUUGCAAGAAUGGUUCUACAGAUGCGUGGCACAAUUCUCCCAGGACAUAAGUGGGAUGUUAUGGUUGACCUUUUCUUCUAUAGGGAUCCAGAGGAAGCAAAGGAGCUGGAAGAAGAGGAGGCUCCUGUAGCUCCAGAGUAUGCUGCAGUGGCUGAUUAUGGUGCUCCCACAACUGAUACCUGGGGAAAUGACCAAUGGGGUGCUGCAGAGGUUCCACCUGCUGCCGUCCCUGCUGCGCCUGUUGGCACUGAGUGGGGGGGUACUGCUCCAGCUCCUGUGGCUGCUGAAGGGUGGGAUCCAGCUGCUGUCCCUCCUCCGGCUGCUGCUCCUGCUCCCACUGGUUGGGAAGAAGGCAGUGCCCCAGCCCCAACCGGCUGGCAGUAGGGGUUUGUGCAUGGAUGAUGGUUCAUCAACAACAGGAGGAAAGCCGAGUUACUACAUGUCCGUUGGUAGAUCUGUUUUAAGUAGCCCUAUUGUGUAAUGUUAAAUGCGAAUCAGUAUUGGAGGUUGACAUAGCUUUGCACUGCCAGUUUUAACUCUUUUAUUUCCACCUUUCAUGGAUAGCAUUGCUGCAAGUGCAUUUCGCUAAUAAAUGCCUUGUAACAUUCUGCCGUGGUUGCUUAUACUUUCACUUUGUGCGUGUCAAGUCGAAGUUAUCCAAGAGGUAACUGGAAACAGUAUGUAGGUUGACCUCA